AUGGCACGAGCCUACCAAGAAGCCCACAUCAUGGACACUCUGACCGCUAGCGUCAAAGAUCUCCAGACCAAAACCGCGGAGCUCGCCAAAGCAAAGGGAUACCAUGAGGAAAGGAUCAAGAACCUGACAACCGCCAACGCGGAGCUUCAAAAGAAAUACGACGCGCUCGAGGUCAGGAUGAAAGCGAACGAGCACAACACCACCGCCCGCAUCCUCAACACGCACCUCUCCCUCUCCUCCCUCCCCAACAAAAACAACAUCCCCCUCACCCCGCUCCACGACCUAUCCACCAACCGCCCCCUCCGCAACUUCCCCAAACACGAAAAGGACAUCAAGACCAUGGGCUCCACCGACGUGAUCCAAGCCCUGCAAGCGCUCGACGUGCCCUCCUUGGGCCUGACGCCGGGCGAGAAGAAGGCGAAGUUGCGAGGGGAAGUCGGGCUGGCGAAGGAGGAUGCGGGGGGUGGUUCGAAGGAGGUGGAUAACAAUGAUGAGAAGAGGAAGACGCCGAGUCCGGCGGAUAAGGCGAGGACGAAUACGGAGAAUGCGAAGAAGGCGGCUGAGGUGCGGAGGAAGGUGUUGGAGGCGAAGCAGAAGAAGGCGGAGGCGGAGGCGGAGAAGGGAGGAGGGGAGGGGGGGAAGAAGUGA